AUGGCUCCCACCGUCAUUGCGUUCGAUCUCUACGGAACGAUCCUAUCCACUGACUCCAUCGUCAAGACUCUGGCCGGUUUCUUUGGCGAUGAACAAGCCAAGACGAUUGCGACGCAAGCGCGGCGGUAUCAGCUGGAGUAUACAUGGCGCAUAAGCACCAUGGGCAGGUAUCGGUCGUUUAGUGAGUUGACUCGAUGGUCAUUCCGACAUGCGGCCGCAGAGCUCGGCGAGAAGCUGUCGCCCGAGCAAGAGGAGGCAGUCAUGAGUGCCUACGACGGCCUGGACGCCUUUCCCGAAGUCGAAGCAGCGCUCAACCUCGUCGCAAAGACCCCUUCCAUCGAAGCAUACGUCUUUUCCAACGGCACCGAGUCGAUGAUUGCUUCCUCGCUGAGCACUUCACCGUCACUGGCCAAGUCUUCCGGCUCCAACAUCUUCCCGGCGUCGCGGAUCGUCAGCGUUGACCCCUUGAAGGUGUUCAAGCCUGAUCGUCGGACGUAUGACCACUUUGCCAAGGUGGUGAAUCUGGAGUCUCAGAAUGAAAAGAUUUGGCUCGUCUCUUCGAAUCCUUUUGAUGUUGUUGGUGCGAGGGCGGCGGGUUGGAGGAGCGUUUGGGUGAAUCGGAAUGCUCAAGUGGGGUGGGUUGAUGGCUUGAGCGGUGCUGUUGGGUUGGAGCCGACGAUGAUCGUGAAGGGAGUGGAUGAGGCGGUUGAGAGAAUCAUUAAGAAUAAUAGGGAGUGA